AUGAACACAAGCACCGCAGACAUCGCAGUUCUCAUAGACGAGGAAAAAUAUGAAGAAAUAUUAGCACACCCAAAGGCUACAGAAGAGCAGAAGGCAGUGGCACUCAUCAAAUUAGACAGGUACAAAGAGGCAAUUGAUCUAUGCCAUAAUAACACCUUUGAGAAGGGGUACUGCUACUACAAGCUAGAAAAGUACAAGUCAGCUUUGCAUACCGCAGGAAAUAAGAAGGGAGCAGACUGGACCAUGCUUAGAUCACAAAUAUUAUACAAGCUUGACAGGCACAUGGAGGCACUUGCAGAAAUAAAGAAGUUGAAGCUGAAGGGAGCAAUUCUAGUGAACUAUGCAGGAAAUGUGGCAAUGGCAUGUGCGGAAAAUAAGUUGAAGAGCGAUGGCCCUGAAGUAAGGGAGAUUCUGGAGAUGAUAAAGAAUGAAAGUGUAAACAUCCAGGGAGAAGUGCUGUACAAUCUUUCUUUUGCAUACCUGCCAGACAGAAAGAAAACCCUUCAGAAGCUAAAGGAAAUAGACACGCCUGAUAGAACACACAGACAGCUGGUUGCCUCGCAAAUACAUAAUAUAGAGGGAAAUCACCAAGAAAUAUCGCCAAGUGUUCUAACAAAGAGUAACAGGGCCAUACACAAAUACAACACAGAGGGGGUUGCUUUGCCCAAUCUGCAGGGAAGCAUGAAACAGUUCCAGAAAGACAGCUACUACCAGAACAAGAUAAGAAGAUAUAGGCAGACAAAAAACGUACCUGAAAUAUGCAAUAUAAUAAACGACUUAGAGCACAAGAAUACAAAGCCAAUGAUCAAGUUCAUUAGCAAAAUAAGCCGGAAGAAUGCGCUGCGCUUGGAGAAAGUGCUGAAGGACGACAAUCUCCUUAAUAAAAGCCUGAGAAGAAUCAUCAGCAAUAAGUAA